AUGGCACCGGGGGGCCGGCGCCGGCGGCGGGGUGCGGCAGCGGCGCUGCGCUGGUACCAGAUCCCGCUGUCCUCCGCCCGCGUGCCGCGCUCCGGCCUCUUCAGCUACGGCUUCCAGGCCAGCCUGCGCUCCUACCAGCAGCUGCGCGCUCAGAACCUGCGCGUGGGGCGCCCCGUGGCCCCGCCGCCCCCCGGGCUGCUGGCGCCAUGGCCGCCGCCGCCGCCGCUGUCACCGCCCGGCCUGCGGCGGGCACCGGGCGCGCCUGGGGGGGCAGCCCCGCGGCACCCCAAGGAGCCUCCCAGCACCCAGAGGGGGCUGAGCAGGGAACGGCAGCCACCUGGCCCUGCUCGGCCCCAUGGCGAGCAGCGGGACGCGGCACCGUGCCAGGAGGAACCGGGCCGUUCCCAGCACAGCCCGGUGCUGCUGGAGACCCCGCCGCCGUGCCCGGAGCCGCUCGCCAACAGCCUGGAGGCGCUGCUGCGGGAGAAGAGGGAGCAGCGCCUCGCACCCGCGCUGCCACGGGUGCCCGUGGACGACGGCAGCCUGCAGGAGCCCCCGGGCGACGCCGCGCAGCUCCCGGAGGAGCACGGGUUCCUCCUGGCGCUUUUCACCGUGGAGCCGCGGCUCAUCCCUGCCGUGCACCCCGGGGAGCCCGUCUUCUGCGCCCGCCCGCUGUCGCCGCCCGCCCUCGAUGCCCGCGGGCUGCGGCCUUGCAGCGUCCUGGAGGGGCAGUUCCUGUGUGCUUCGCCCGCCGGCCGGGGGGCGUUUGUCCGCGACGGGCUCCUCAGCCUGCUGUACCGCUCCGGCACCGCCUGCCCGCUGCCUGUCCUGCGCUGGCUCUUCCAGCUGAUGAGCCUGCGGCCGGACACGACCAACGCCUUCCAGGCGCUGUGGGAGAUCUGGCUGAGCGCCGGUGGCGAGCCCUGGUGCCCCACGCUGCAGGACAUCGGGCAGGCCUUCGCUCGCCUGGGCGCCGACCUGGGCGCCCUGCGCUGCCGGCACCUGCUGCCCCCCGAGCUGUGCCCCGCUGUGGGGAGGACCCCGGAUCCAUCCUGCUGCCCGGGACAGGCUCGCCUCGAUGCCACCGGCACGCUGGCCUUGGUGACGCAGCUCGGGGACAUCUGCAAGUUCCUGGAGCUGUGCGUGGCCGCCCAGCCGCGCCGCUACCCGGACCGUGCCCGCCGGCAGCUGGUCGCGCUGCUCUGCUUCCUCGGCCUCGACCGGGCGCUGCGCAGCCAGCCGCUGCCUGACCUGCGGCACCUCCUGCUCUGCCUGCUCGAGGGCAUCGCGGACUGGCAGGGGCAGCUGCCCGCGCUCUGCCUGUCCCUGUGCCGGCUCUCUCAGCACCACCACAACCUGCUGGCCCUCGUGGGGCUGCUGCCAGAUGUCACCGGCAGGGGCAGGGAGCUCCGCAGGCGUCUGAGCCUUUGUGUCAUGGCCCGGCUGCUGGGGGAGCCGCUGGGCACCGCGCUGCCCCUCGGGGCGGAGCUCCCGGCGCUGAGCCGGCUCCUGGAGCUGUCCCGGCCGGACGCGCUGCAAUGCCUGCUGCCCGACGGGCACCCCGAGGACUCCGAGCAGGAGGCCUGCUACCUGAGCCACAGCCUCCUGCGCCUCGCCGACGCCGUGGUGGGCAGCGAGCGGCCGCCGGGCGAGCAGCGGGGCCACCUGGAGCGUCUGUGCGCGCAGCUGGACCGGCACUUCGGCACGGGGCUGCGCGAGGGCUCGGGGCUCCUCGUGCGCACCCAGCUCAAGGGCCUGGCCGCCCUCCUCUACGUCAAGUGGCAGGAGCUGCUGGACUAG